AUGCUCGGCGCAAUGCGACCAAAGACUACCGGUCGCGAACACUCGAAUUUCCAAUCGCGAACCGCAUCGGAUGUCGCAGGAGAAUUGACCAAGAGAUGGUCGAAUCUGGGAGAGGAAGAGACCGGUUCCGUGGGGAUUUUGCAUGGUUCUGACAGCACCGCCAAUCCCUACGAACCCGCGACCAAUGCCUCGACGCCUCCUCCACGGUCCUACUCUUUCACAAAAUGGCUUUUCCAUUGGCGUUCAAAGAGCCCAGAUCAAGGGGGUCAUGCAAACGAGCCACCCGACUCAGGACGAGGAAUGGAAAGGAACUCGUCGUAUAAUGGCAGUAUGACUCCAGACCCCGCGACCAUACAGGCACACAACAGAGCCGAAAACAAAAGAGCAAAUGGAGAUCCCUCAGCCCCAAGGCCGGGACUUGGUCCUCGACCUAUUGGAGGGAGCGAUAAACUUGGAAUGUUCUCUGGUGUCUAUGUACCCACCUGCUUGAAUGUUCUCAGUAUUCUUAUGUUCCUGAGAUUUGGAUUCUUACUAGGCCAAGCAGGUAUUCUUGGGAUGAUGGGAAUGCUAGUUGCCUCCUACGCCAUCAAUCUCAUUACAACGUUCUCCUUGUCUGCCAUUGCGUCGAAUGGAACAGUACGAGGUGGAGGUGCCUAUUACUUGAUUUCAAGAUCUUUAGGUCCGGAAUUUGGGGGGUCCAUUGGCGUCGUCUUCUACCUCGGAUUUGUUUUCAACACUGGAAUGAACGCCGUUGGUUUGAUUGAUUGCAUUACGAUGAACUUUGGCUCGAAAACGGGAAAUUGGGCAAACGUGCUCCCGGAAACUCCAUGGUUUUUAUAUCUAUGGUCCACGAUUGUUCUAUUGGUUUGCACAUGUAUCUGCUUGGCCGGAUCCUCGAUUUUUGCACGCGCUAGUAACGGACUUCUUGUCAUCCUGCUAAUCUCCACGCUAAGUAUACCCUUCUCAGCUCUGGUUGUUUCACCAUUUGAAAGCAGAAAAUUGGGUAUCGACUACACUGGCCUCAGUAUGGAGACAUUUAUGGGCAAUUUGAAGCCACAACUGACAAAGGGAGCCGCUGGAAGUCAAUUGAAAGGGAAAGAAAACUUUCAAGAUCUGUUUGGAAUCUUGUUCCCUGCGACUGGUGGGAUAUUUGCUGGUGCGAGCAUGUCAGGGGACUUGAGAAACCCAAGUAAAUCCAUUCCCAAAGGAACAUUAUACGGCCUUGCUACAACAUUCGUGCUAUAUGCAAUGGUAAUACUCGCAAUGGCUGCUACAAUCACAAGAUCGUCCUUUGCAAGAAAUGCAAAUGUCAUUCAGGAUACCAAUAUUUCCGGACUUGUCAUUCUGGCGGGAGAAUUUGCCAGCUCAUUUUUCUCGACAUUGAUGGGUGUCAUUGGAUCUGCAAAAUUACUGCAAGCUUUGGCUAGGGAUGAUUUGCUUCCUGGAUUUUCCAUUUUUGGACAAGGAACUAAAAACGGUGAUGAGCCGACCUACGCUAUCAUUAUGACCUACAUCGUUGCACAGGUCACAAUGCUCUGUGACCUGAAUCAAAUCGCUUCUUUCGUAACGAUGACUUAUCUUAUGACGUUCUUGGUCAUGAACCUCGCUUGUUUCCUUCUCAAAAUAAGUUCCGCUCCAAAUUUCCGGCCCUCUUUCCACUUCUUCAACUGGGAGACAGCCCUGCUUGGCACUAUCGUCUCAGGAACAGCAAUGUUCUUCGUAGAUGGUCUUUAUGCUACGGGUUGUGUGGGCAUCUUAAUCGUCAUUUUCCUCAUCAUUCAUUACGCCAGUCCACCGAAGAGCUGGGGAGACGUCUCUCAGAGCUUGAUUUAUCAUCAAGUGCGCAAAUAUCUUUUACGUCUAAAACAAGAACAUGUCAAAUUUUGGCGCCCUCAAAUAUUACUCUUCGUUAACGAUCCACGGCGCCAAUAUCGCUUAAUUCAAUUUUGUAACUCUAUGAAAAAGGGUGGGCUUUACAUUCUUGGUCACGUCAUUGUUACAGACGAUUUUGGAGGUUCUGUGCCUGAAGCGCGUCGUCAACAGGCUGCGUGGACAAAGUACAUAGAUUUCUCCAAGAUUAAAGCUUUUGUCAAUAUCGCCAUCUCUCCUGGGCUCGAGUGGGGCGCUCGCAAUAUCCUUCUCUCCGCGGGACUUGGUGGUAUGAGACCUAAUAUCUGUGUCAUGGGUUUCUAUAAUCUCGACGCAAUGCGACAGAAUGAGCCUUUGGUAGAUGUACCUGAAAUGAGCCCACCACAGGCAGAUGGUGCGUCUAGCGAGAUACGCCCAGUUCGAAGACGGCGUCGCCGGGACAGUAAGGAUGUGAAAGUGGAAGGUAUAUUGCCCACCGAUUCCUGCAAAACAGAAGCAAUGAUGAGCGUGACAAGCUAUGUGACGGUCCUCGAAGAUCUUCUUUUGCGGCUACAGAUCAAUGUGGCCAUUGCUAAGGGGUUUGAAAAUUUGGAAUUUCCUAACUCAGAAAGCAAACAAUCAAAGAAGUACAUUGAUCUAUGGCCAAUUCAGAUGUCCGCUGAGAUUGCGGCUGAAGGUGAUGGAAAGCUGAACGUCUUGACCACUAAUUUCGACACCUAUACACUGAUUCUACAGCUUGGAGUCAUCUUAAAUACUGUUCCAGCCUGGAAGAAGGCUUACGAUCUCCGAGUUGCAGUGUUCGUAGAGUAUGAAUCGGACGUCGAAGAGGAACGGGGCCGCGUCAAGUCUCUUCUUGAAAAGUUGCGAAUUGAAGCGGAGGUUCUCGUUUUCUGGUUGGCCUCCGGAAAUUUGCCUACUUAUGAAAUUGUCGUCAACGGCGCCACACCGGGAAAGAAAGAGGAAGAUGAGGUGGAUGAAGUGCUGAAAAACCAAGAAUGGUGGGAUGAACUCCAAAAGGUUCGUGGCAGAAGGGAAGGGAAUCCUGCCAUAGAAGACUUGUCGGAGAUUGCCAGCAUAUUCAAUUCAAGUUCCCUCUGGCCAGAGUCAUCAUUUCAACAGGGACCUCGAGAAGGAAAAGUGGAACGAUUCCUUGGUUUACGGAAACUGCUCAAAAGAUCAAAACGAAGACAUACCAGUGGUCAACUAUCCAGACUAGGUGUUAGCUUGGGUAUGCGAACACAUCAACUUUCGCCCCAAAUUGUAGGACAAAGUCAGAGCUGUCUGAGUGCAAGCGAGGACUCAGACUCUUCGUCUUCGGAAAGUGACAAUGAUCCAAAAGAUGACGAAGCUGCGAGUGAGGCAGAUAUGGAUGAUUAUGAGUCUGAAUCUGAGCAGAUGCCCACAAACAUGCCUCUCAAACGAAGACGGAGCCAUGGAGAUAGUAUACGAGGGCCUCCUGUAUCAAAGAAAUCUACUGGAGAAGCCCCAAUCACAGUUCCUUCAGACACUGAACGUAGUCCCUUACUUUCCAAACCCAAUUCAUCAUUUGGCACCACUUCAGCAAGCGAGGCGCCUACCAAAAUCAAGGUCCAAGACCAACGACCAAAAGUCUCAGCACUCACCACCUCUCUCAAAUCCGAAGGCUCAAACAGUCGUCCAACAUCCUCCCAAGAUACAUUCGACACUAUGAAAUCACCCACAACCCCCGGAGCAGCCACACCAGGCCGUACCUCCACCCGCCCCCCAAGCUCCAAAGCCAACGAACGUCCCUCCCUAAGCCGCCACGCCAGCAUGCCAAAAUUCACAUCCAAACCCGUCCCCAUAACCCGCGUAGCAACCGAAGACGGACCCGGUCCCUCCAUAAUGUUCACAGACACACCCUCUCCACCACCACGUCGUCAACGUCUCCCAUCCGCCUACGAAUUCCCAUCGUCCGCUCCAGCACCCUCACAUAAUUCAAGCCGUCGCGGAUCUACAUACUCAACCCAAGGUCUGCCAUUGUCGUUCAACGAUCUCCCAUGUCGUGCGCAGCAUUUGAUCCUGAAUGAGUUGAUGAAGAGGGAGAGUCGGGAUACUGCGGUGGUGUUUACGACGUUGCCGAGUCCCGUCGAGGGGACGUGUCAUGAUGAGGGCGCUUGUAAGGCGUAUCUGGGGGAUUUGGAGGUGCUUUGUAAGGGGUUGCCGCCGGUUAUGUUGGUGCAUAGCAAUAGUAUGACUGUCACUAUGAGUUUGUGA